UCAGGAAAUACGCAAGUAGUUGGAAAAUCGGAACUAUCGUAAUCAUGCUGUGGAACCGUGUUCAACUCUCUCGCCUUCCAAUUACGAAAUAUGUGAACACUGCUUCUCUUUCAACCGUUAGGUUUGAGAAUGCAAAGCCUUUUAAGUCUAUUCCAGGUCCUAUAUCUUUUCCUGGAAUGGGAUCAGGGUACUAUAUGUUUAAGAAGGAUUACAGGGAUCACCAUGAACAGCUUUACAUCAAAUUGUACAAGAAAUACGGCCCCCUUAUCAGGUUAAAUCUGUUUGGAGUCAACACCUUGGUUAUAGCAGAUCCUCAUGAUGCUGCGGAAAUGUUCCUGCACGAAGGAGAUUAUCCAGACAUGCCCAGUCUUACCAUGAUCGUUGGGUUUCAAAGGGCUCUACGAAAAGAUUUGUAUCCUGAUGGAAGGGGACUUCUUGGUUCUAAUGGAGAAGAAUGGUGGGCGAUACGGUCCAAAGUGAAUCAGGAUUUUACCAGACCGGAGUCUGCAUUUUUCUACACUGAAAAGAUAGAGCAAAUCUCAAAGGAAUUUGUUGAACAUAUGGCUACAUCUAGAGAUUCAAAUCAGGAGCUACCAGCAACCUUUAAUGAGAUGGAUAUGUGGGCAUUGGAAUCUCUUGGUGUCGUCUUCCUAGACCAAAGGCUUAAUGCUUUUGAUCCUAAGGUAUCUGGAGAUCCAAACUCAGAUGUAAAUCGAUUGUUGCACGGAAUUCAGACAUUUGUAAAACAUUUUCUGGAUCUGCGCGUAACCGCCUUUGCUUGGACCAAAAUUCCAAAGAUAAGUUACCGGUUCAGAGAGUUCGAUGAUUCCCAGGUGGAAACUUAUCAUAUAACAAAAAGGAUGGUUGAUAAGGCAAAAGCUAAGAUAGAUGUGAAAUCUCUGUAUGCAACUACCAGUUCAGAGCAAAUGAGUGUUCUAGCCAAGAUGAUGAAACGUUGUGGACCAGAUUCAUCUAUACCUACUCAGAUGGCCAUGGAAGCUCUUCUAGGCGGGGUAGACAAUACAGCAAACACAGCUACAUAUUUCCUCUACAACUUGGCAAUUAGACCUGAGAUUCAGAAAAAACUCUACCAGGAGAUUAAAGAAGUGGUCGGAGACAAGCCGUUGACUCCAGCUCUGAUAAACGAGUUAAGAUAUCUCAAUGCCUGUCUAAGAGAGUCUAUGAGACUACUUCCAGGUACUGGUGGGAUGGAGAGAACAGCGCCCAAGAAUUUGGUUCUCAGAGGAUAUCAGGUACCAAAGGGUACAAACAUGAUGUUUGCUGAGCAAGCGAUGGGUUACUUGCAUUUCCCAGAUCCUGAGGACUUCAUUCCAGAGCGUUGGAUGCGUGGACACAAACUAUUUAAUACCGUCCCUCCUUUCAGUGCACUUCCCUUCGGACAUGGAAGAAGGAAGUGUAUUGGGAUGCGAUUGGCAGUUUUGGAAAUACAAGUUCUGACUGUUAAGGUUCUCCAGAGAUUCGAGAUCAGUUAUAACCAUGCUCCGAUCCAAACUUUGAGCAGAGUCAUAAACAUUCCCAACCUUCCUCCCAGAUUUAAACUCGUAGAAAGAAAAUAAUCUUGUCUUAUUGCAUACUUUAUUGUGAUCAAUUAAAAUCUAGUCUUGCUUCAUUAUCGAGGCUGACAUUUAUGUGAUUAAAGAAACUAAGGAUGCUCAUAAAUACAUGAAUAACAAUGAACUAAUAAAUACGUUGAUUUAUA